AUCGUAAAGACCUUCCCCGAUCUGCCUUCCGGACUUUGAUCGCUGAACAAACCAACCAGCCAGAGUCGCUGCCGGAGGAGUUUCAGAUUCAAGCUGCUGCUCGAAGGCCGCCGUUCCACCCGUCCUCGCGUUUGCAGUCUUGGUGAUCACAAUUCCAUAAAACUCGAGUGCAAUUCAGCCCCCCGAAAACCAAGGUCCUCCAUCGGAGCUCACUCGGAACCUUCUUACUUUAAGAAAUAGAUUGAUCAGUUUUUUUCGUUUCUGUUGUCCUCAACACCGCCUCACGCGGUUUCUUUGAAAGUAACGUCCUCACAGGUGGUGGAGGAAAUCCCGGCGACGUCUCCAGUGGAGGAAAGUCAGGGUACUUGAGGAAGGGAUCGUCAGAGCUUUUGAGUUUUGAUGAGCUUUUCUUCGUGUUUGUAGCUGUAGUUUUUUAGCAGGAGGCCAUGUUUUGGAGGGAAAGGGAGAGGGAAAACAAAGAGCAGAAUGGAGGACCACCUUGUGGACAAGUCAGGGUUCUUGUUGUUGGAGAUUCAGGUGUGGGAAAGACCUCUCUUGUUAAUCUGAUUAUCAAAGGCUCUUCCAUUACUCACCCUUCUCAAACAAUUGGUUGUUCAGUAAGCGUGAAGCACAUUACUUAUGGGAAUCACGGUAGCACUUCAAGUAGCAUCCAAACUGACAGCGAAAGAGACUUUUUUGUUGAGCUUUGGGAUGUAUGUGGGCAUGAUCGAUACAAAGAUUGUCGCUCUCUAUUUUACUCUCAGAUUAACGGUGUUAUUUUUGUGUAUGAUCUCUCCCAAAGAAGGACAAAAUCAAGUUUGCAAAAGUGGGCUGCAGAGAUAGCUGCCACAGGAACAUUCUCGGCUCCCCUAGCUUCUGGAGGCCCUGGAGGCCUUCCUGUUCCUUACAUCGUCAUUGCCAAUAAAGCAGAUAUUGCAUCAAAUGAGGGAUCUAGAGGGAGCAGUGGUAACCUUGUUGAUGUAGCUCGUCAGUGGGUUGAGAAGCAGGGUCUUCUUCCAUCAAGUGAAGAACUUCCCUUGACAGAAAGUUUCCCUGGCAAUGGAGGCAUUUUUGCGGCUGCUAAAGAAGCAAGAUAUGACAAGGAAGGUUUGCAGAAGUUUUUUCGCAUGUUGAUCAGAAGGAGAUACUUUUCGGAUGACUUACCGGGUAGUGCUUGGACCACCCUAGUUGACAAACCAUUGCAGCCGGGUGAAAUAUCUAGUGAAGAGGAUAACCCCUACAAGAAUCCAAGUUCAAGUUUGACAGGUGACCACCCUUAUAGUAAAUACAACAGUGCAGCACUCCCUCCUCUUCCAGCUCAACAUAAUCUCCCACCACCUCCCACGCUUUAUCCUCAACAACCAAUGUCGACUCCCGACAAUAAUAGUUAUAAUUACCUCCGAGCCCCCCUGAGAUUUGGCUCCCAAGAAUUUGGCAACAGUACUAGUCGAUACAAGCGUACAGACAUUAAUGUUUGAUGAUUUUCAUUUUUUUUAUUGUUGUUAUCAUCCAUUAUCAUUCACAGAGCGAGUACAUCUUCAAUUCGAACUCCAGGCUAAUACAUAUUAUUCAGGCCUCGAUUUCUCAAGUGUUAUUUUGAUAAUUUUUUGUUUAAAAUGCACCCCCUUAGUGAUUUGGCUUGACUCGUGGAUGACUUUCUAUUUUCCCGCCUGUAGAAAAGUGUGAAAUGGUCCAGGCAGUAAAUACACUUCACUCCACUGUCUUGACUUCUCCUCGUAGUCUUCACCAGAAAUUCUGUUUUUGUGGCAUUGGAACUUUGUGCACUUUCGCUUUUCUUUAUUGGCUACAUUGUAUUUUUUUUAAUCUGUUGACAUUCAUUGUGCUUGCGGUUGACAUAACUUUUUUUCGGUC